AUGUAUUUAAGUAGAAUAAGCAAGUUUUGGCAGUCACAAUAUUUUCAAAAUGGAAGGCGGUAUAGUCAUAACAUCGAACCGAAAAAAGACAUUCAAUUGAGAAAUAUCAAUAAAGUGUUGAUAGCCAACCGUGGUGAAAUAGCAUGUAGGGUUAUGAGAACUGCUCAAAAGUUAGGUAUAAGAACAGUUGCGGUAUAUUCAGAUGCGGAUAGACAAGCAAUGCAUGUUGAAAUGGCUGAUGAAGCAUAUCACAUCGGUCCAGCUCCUUCAACAUUAAGCUAUUUAAACGCUAACAAAAUAUUAGAAGUAGCUAAGAAGUCCAACAGCCAAGCAAUACAUCCCGGUUAUGGUUUCCUGUCUGAAAAUGUGGAAUUCUGCAAACAAUGUGCGAAUGAGGGUGUUAUAUUUGUUGGGCCUCCAACUUCAGCAAUUAGAGAUAUGGGUAUUAAAAGCACUUCGAAAGCAAUCAUGUCAAAUGCGGGAGUGCCCAUAGUGAAGGGAUAUCACGGAGAAGAACAAAGCACUAAUCAGCUGUUAGCUGAAGCUAGGAGAAUAGGCUUUCCGUUGAUGAUUAAAGCAGUUAGAGGUGGUGGAGGAAAAGGCAUGAGAAUAGCAAUGACGGAAUCAGAAUUUAUGACACAAUUGGAAUCUGCAAAACGGGAAUCUCUGAAAUCAUUUGGCGACGAUAACAUGUUGCUGGAACAGUACAUAACAGAUCCUAGACAUGUUGAGGUUCAGGUGUUUGCAGAUAUGCACGGUAACGCUGUACAUCUGUUUGAAAGAGACUGCUCCGUUCAAAGACGCCACCAGAAGAUUAUAGAAGAAGCACCUGCCCCCGGCUUAUCAGAAGAGACUCGUCGUGCUCUCGGCGAGGCUGCAGUCAGAGCAGCAAAGGCCGUGGGCUACGUUGGUGCUGGUACUGUCGAAUUCAUUCUGCACAGACAAACACACGAGUUUCACUUCAUGGAGAUGAACACUCGCUUACAAGUUGAACACCCUAUCACCGAGAUGAUCACAGGCACUGACUUGGUGGAGUGGCAACUUCGAAUCGCUUCUGGUGAGCCUCUGCCUGUUACUCAAGAAGACAUCAUAAAACGCGGGCAUGCAGUGGAAUGUCGGAUCUAUGCGGAGGAGCCGCGAGCUGGAUUUCUGCCACGCGCUGGAACUCUUCACAGACUUACUCAACCCACCUCUGAGGAGAAUGUUCGAAUUGAAACAGGAGUAAGACAAGGUCAAGAAGUUUCAGUUCACUACGAUCCCAUGAUAGCUAAGCUGGUUGUGUGGGGACGAGAUAGAAAUGAAGCGCUCGCUAAGACGCGCCGGAAGCUUUCUGAAUAUCAGGUAGCUGGCUUAGAAACGAACGUAAACUUUUUAUUAAGGUUGAGCGGCGCAAGCGCAUUCGUUUCGGGUGAUGUUCACACAGCGUUCAUCCCUCAACAUGAAGCUGAAUUAUUCCCCGAAUCGGAUUUACAUAUUAGCGAGGAAAGAGCCAUACAAGCUGCAUUGGGACAUAUUAUUAAAUCCCAAUUAGAGAACUCACCAAAUGACACGUGGAAAGGAAUCUCUGUAGCACCAACAUCCUGGAGACCGAACUACCAGCUUCAGAAAACAGUUCAUUUGAAGUUCGGCGAAAAAGACGUCAAAGUCGCCUUACAAUUUGAGAGCACACCAAACACAUAUCUAGUGCGAGUGAAUGAUGGUGAAUGGAAAAAGGCGGAAGCAUCCUUAAAACAGAGUGAAAACGGUCUCAGGCUGAUUACCAAGUUGGAUGACAAGACCAGUAAUGUCGGAUUACUCACAUAUGAUCAAGAAGUACACGUUUAUGACGAGAACGGACAAACAGUGCUCCAGCUACCAGUUCCAAAGUACCAGGCUGCUGUCAACGCGAGAUCUUCUCAGUCUUCAGACAAUGCAUGCUCGCCAACACCUGGUGUCCUUGAAAAAAUACUAGUUAACGCUGGGGAAAAGGUGGUAAAAGGACAACCCCUUUUCGUCGUAAUAGCUAUGAAGAUGGAGUAUGUAGUGCGGUCUCCACGAGAUGGCGUUGUUGCAAAUGUCGCGUCUUUGAAACAAGGUGACGCUGUAGGCAAGGGCGCUGAAGUUGCUCGCAUCGGCGCGUUGAGCAAUCCCGUUAGCGUUUCCACUCCACGUGCGAACCGAACCGGUGCGGCGCACCUCAAUGUCGCUCGUGGGCGGCUAUCCGCUGAAAAUAGCGAGCGGACCCGAACGAACGCCGGGUCGCAUCCGACGUUAACCGACAUCGAACCACCUUCUCCGUUCCGCACGUGCGCUCCGCUAUCCUCCAUCUCGCUCCCACAAACAGCUGAGUAUCAAAACAAAGAAACGAGACGGGCGGUCGCCGCUCCCGCUCGCCGGCCGGCCGGUGUCGCUCCGACGUCAGUUCUCGCUAGAACCGUGUCUAUCGUGGUUGUCUCCUGCGCGCGUACGUGCAAAGUUUAUUGCCGCGAAAGGAUUUUCCUUUGUCCCGAUCCAAACGGAUCCCGUCUUCGUAUUAUGAGUCCGCGUGUGAGCGUACACUCUCGGCCUAUUGAGGAGCCGGAUGUAAAAAGUGCGAAUCCACGUCGAAGUUCUCACAACUUACCGAAGUUUUGUGACGGAUACCCCGCGAAACGCGUGCGCCGGGCAAUUUGA